CAUGACAAACAUAGUGUAUUAAUACGUGUGAUUUUUUAGGGGGGGGUUCUCAGUCCGUGAAGCACACAAACCAGAAAUCUGCCUCCAAUUAGGAACCACGUUGCUGCAAUAACAAGUGAAAAAACCUGCCAGGUAAAGAAUCCAAGCAGUGUCUUGGUCAAUUAAAUAAAAUCCUAUUAAAAGCCAUUUAAAUCUGUGGUUAUACCACGACAACAUGUAGAAAAGUCCAAGAAUAGUGAAUACCGUUAUAUGAUGGACGAUAUUAGCAAAAUCAUAAACGGGUCGAUCGCCCCGGAGCACUCGUUGCCGUACAUGGUGUCGGUGCAGAGCGUGGACGAUCACAUCAACGGUCACAUCUGUGGAGGGUUCCUGGUCAGCGAGGACUUCGUGCUCACUGCUGCGCACUGUGACAAUAAAAUCGAACAGGUUGCUGUUGGCAUCAACAAUCUCAACGAUAACAAUAGAAAAUUAAUGGACGUCGAAGGCAGAUACAAACACCCAUCCUAUUCAAGUGUAGGACACGGUUAUGACAUCAUGCUCCUCAAACUUUCCUCGAAGGUUAAACUGGACAAAGCGGUACAAACGAUUCCUCUCGCCACAUCUGAAACAAGCGGUGGGCAGAGGUGCCACGUGGCCGGAUGGGGACGUACGGAGAAGACCUACAAAAGUGAUGAUCUGAGAGUGGUGGAUGUCACCAUCCUCGACCUGGAGGAAUGUCAGGAGAUUUGGGGUCGUCUCCCCGACAAAGUUUUCUGCGCAGGCGGGUAUGAAACCAGGAAAGGAUUCUGUCAGGGAGAUUCUGGUGGCCCUCUGGUGUGCGACGGGGAGGCGGUCGGUGUUGUGUCCUUCAACAGGUACCAGAUCUGCGAAUACCCGGACAAACCCAACGUCUACACCGACGUGUACGAGCACCUUGCCUGGAUCCAGAAGACCAUCAAAAGCUACAGCUAAAAAACCUGCGGUGUGACCGAAAAGCUUAAUAAAAGUUCAUUUCAAAA